UUGUGGUUAAAGGGACACAAAACAUGGCUGACGAAAAUAGCGUUUUCUUCUCGGAUGACGAUAUUUCAGUUGAAUCCGACGACAAUAAACAUAAUAUUCGGCAAGCAGUCACAACGGUAGUUCCGGUAGCUUAUGCAGAUGAAACACUGGAUACCCGGGUACUCCUGCAGUCGUGGAAUGUGAAGAAAAACAUUGUUGAAGUUGUUGUUGCUGCAAAAUUGACCAUUUGGCACCUGAGGGUGAUUGAGGAUGAGGACAUUGCCCGGCUGUUUGGGAACAACAUUGCCGACUGCGUGGAAUUCAAGUACUACUUGAAGAAGUGGCGGAAUGAAGGUGCCAAGAUUGUUGAAACUCCCCUGCCGGCAAACAAAAAAGUUCAACUGCCUCAGGUACAACAGAUCUCUGAUCCUCUGGAGCAAUAUAGUGGAAUCUCAGCAUCUACAGCACCACCGUCGAAUAAGGAUUCAGCAGCAAAGGUCCGGAAGCAUGUCUCACGAGAGGAAGUCGAGAAAGUCCUGAGAAUGUCUGCACGUGGUAAGAGUAUCCUGCAGUAUUACAGUGCAAAUGAGAGGCUUGAGCCACAGCAUCAAGCAUGGCUCGUGGAUAUUAUUGCCGAUUACUACCUGCAGAAGUACGAUGGUGUCUCCAUGAAACUAAUUGAUCGUGUCAGUGAUCAAAUUAUUCAGCUCUUCCCCACGGAACUUAAGUCGACGUAUUAUGUAAAAAGGCCCCUCGGUGGGAAUCCCAAAGGGAAACUCCAUGACAAAUUCAGGAACAAGAGAAGACUCUACAUCGCACAAGGGAUACUCAAGAAAAAGUAAAAUAAGUCAAUUUUCACUACUCUACGUUGGAAAAGGGAUCUUCUAUGACCCAAAAAGAAAAGGAAUUAGCACCUUGGUCAGGAAGUUCAGGAAGGUGCUACGGCAGAAAUUUUCUCAGCUGAAAUUCUGCAAUUUUUAUUUAAAAAAAAAAUGUUCAAAAUAAAUUACAAUUUUUUAAGAAUU